GAUAAUUGGGUGUGGGUUGCCAAACCGGUAGUGAUGGCUGGCUGGCCAUGCCCCCAAACUGUCCCUCUCCGACACUCGUCCUGCCUCGCAUUUGCCAUGUGCAUCCACAGAACUGCUGCCUCCUGACUACAUCCGUAAGCAUUUGCGCUAGCCUAGCCCCCCCUCCCCACUGGCCAGCGUCUCCCAAAGCUGCUGCCAUUGCAGCCCCAGAGGGGACGGGGGUAGCAUGCUGGAGAGGGCAGUGGCGGCAGGAGAGGGCGGCAUGCCAAGUCCCAGAGUGAGAAACCAGAAGAGACGCUUCCCUUGCGCUUCACUCGCUCCCUGCUGGAAAUGUCUGGGUUUAGUUUGGAUCUGGGGCCAGCCAAGGAGCCACUCAGCUUCAUCAAAUUCCCGCAAUGGGUAAGAUGAGUGGUGGUGACAGGAGGUGCCCAGCCAAGCAGGGCCCGGGUGGGCUGCGGAGCGCAGAGCCAGGAAAAGCCAUACGUUUUCUAGAAGGAAUUGAAGCAUCCAACUUUGUAGGAUGGAGGCCACGCCUGUCUUUAUAAAUCCGGUGGGCGAGUGGGGGAGGGGAGAGAGCAACGGGAAGGAAAGGGUGGGAGAUAGGAAAAAUACAGGCAGAAACCCUGGACUGUGCAAGCAGGGUGGGAGGGAAGAAAGUUCACCCAAUCCUGUCUAGGGACAAGGGGGGGGAGAACCAGGUGCAACCUCUAAACACCCCCCCCAGGGAAAGCGGGGGCCGUGGGAAAUCACAGAGCCCGGAUGUCAAAGCGAACCAGGGAGAAAGCAGGCUAGAAGACCUCCAACUCUUUUAAUCCUUACUCCGUGUUGAGCGUUAGGGUUGAGUGACCGCCUUGCAGACAAGAGAUUUCAAGAUGUUUCGCUGGCAACUCCGGCUGGCAUCUUGAGACUGCUUUGCCUCCGAAGGGCAUCUCAGAUGGCAAUAAAUGAAGUGGGAAUUUAAGCCAGGAACUGGUCAAAAGCUGCAGACCCAGUGAGGAAAUCUGCGGGGUUCAAGACCGUGGAUAGGGCCAUGCAAUGGGAUCCCUGCUCUUGUCUCACUUGCACAGUACAAACAAGCAAACACACGUCUUUCUUCCCUGCUGAACCAGCGCCCUUCCUUGUGGUUGCUCUCUCUCUCUCUCUCCCCCCAGAUGUUCUGCAGGACAUUGAAGUCAGGCUGCCACCUCGCCUCCAUCCACAGCUAUGCAGAGUCAGCUGACUUGGCCGAGUACCUCACUGACUAUCUCUCGCUUCCAUAUCAGGUCUGGAUUGGACUGAACAAGCCACAGAAUUUGUGUGUCCACAUGUGGUCCCCAGCAGGAUUCCUCAAAUGGAACGACACGCUCUGUGAAGCCUGGCAUCCUUUCAUCUGCCAGUGCAAAUACUAG